AUGCCGGCAGCGAUGAGUGCUGCAAUGCCCCUGCUGGGAAGCCAAGGUGUUGUCUCGGCCACCGAGGUCCUCCUGGCAGCUGCCGUCUUCUGCCUGGUCUUCCUGCUCAUCCAGUCCCUGAGGCAGCACGUGCCCCAGGGGCUGAAGAGCCCCCCAGGACCCAGAGGCUACCCCAUCCUGGGCAACUUGCUGGAGCUGAGGAAGGACACACACCUGGCCUUGACCAGGCUGAGCCAGAAGUACGGGGAUGUGAUGGAGGUCAGGAUUGGCACCCGGCCUGUCCUGGUGCUGAGUGGGCUGGACACCAUCAGGCAAGCCUUGGUGAAGCAAGGAGAAGACUUCAUGGGGCGCCCUGACCUUUAUAGCUUCCGCUUUGUUGUGGAUGGCCAGAGCCUGGCAUUCAGCCCUGACUCUGGAGAGGUGUGGAAAGCUCGCAGAAAGCUGGCCCAGAAUGCCCUGAAGACCUUCUCCAUUGCCCCCAGUCCCACCUCCUCUUCCAUCUGCCUCCUGGAGGAGCACGUCUCCAAGGAGGCCGACUACCUGGUCACCAAGUUCCUGCAGCUGAUGGAGGAGGAGAAGAGCUUUGACCCUUACCGGUACCUGGUGGUCUCUGUGGCCAACGUCAUCUGUGCCAUCUGCUUUGGCAAGCGUUAUGACCACAAUGACCAAGAGCUGCUCAAUAUAGUGAACGAAACGGAACAGUUCAAUAACGUGGCUGCUUCUGGCAACCCCGCUGACUUCAUUCCCGUGCUCCAGUAUCUCCCCAGCCGCGCCAUGACUUUAUUUAAAGAAUUCAACCAGCGAUUCGUCCAUUUCCUGCAGAAAAUGGUCAAAGAGCACUAUGAGACCUACGACAAGAACAACAUCCGAGACGUCACUGACUCCCUCAUCGAGCAGUGCCUGGAGGAAAAAGUGGAAGCAAGUGCUGCCACGGAGAUUCCUAAGGAGAAGAUCAUCAACAUCGUCAAUGACCUCUUUGGAGCAGGCUUUGACACUGUGACAAAUGGCCUGUCCUGGAGCCUCAUGUAUCUCGUGACACACCCCAAAAUCCAGAAGAAGAUCCAGGAAGAACUAGACCAGACCAUCGGCCAGGAGAGGAGACCGAGGCUGUCGGACCGAGGCAUGCUGCCCUACACAGAAGCCUUUAUCCUGGAGAUGUUCAGGCACUCCUCCUUCCUGCCCUUCACCAUCCCACACAGCACAACCAGGGACACAGUGCUGAAAGGCUACUACAUCCCAAAGGACCGCUGCGUGUUUGUCAAUCAGUGGCAAGUGAAUCAUGAUGAGAAACUUUGGAAGGAUCCACUGACCUUCAACCCUGGGCGCUUCCUCAAUGCUGAAGGGACUGAAGUGAACAGAGUGGAUGCGGAGAAGGUGCUGGCUUUCGGCUUAGGGAAAAGGAGAUGCAUUGGGGAACCCAUUGCCAGGUGGCAGAUCUUCCUUUUCCUGUCCACCUUGCUCCAGCAGCUGGAGUUCAGUGUCUGCGAUGGCAAGAAGGUGGACAUGACGCCACGCUAUGGGCUGUCCUUGAAGCACAAAAGAUGUGAGCACUUCCAGGUCAAGCAGCGCAUCCCCAUGAAGAGCAUGAACUGA